UUUGUGUGUGUGUGUGCACGCAGUGUGUGCACGUGUGCACACGUGCAUGUGUGCGCACUCUGCAGGGGCAGUUUGUAAUCAGCUGUCAAAUAUUGUGGCUCUGAGUGUGCAGCCCUCAGGACAGCACUGACAGCUUAGCAGUCGUAGCAGAAGUGCAGAAGGUCGGCCGAACAGGACAGACAGUACUUCUUGACUUUUAGCUCCGUUUGGUCAGUUGCUGCCAUGUGGGCGUAAGUGCAAGUCUUUGAGCGUUGGCUGUUGCAAAAACUCUCCUGACUGAUCUGGGAACGGACUAGAAAAUCAAAGAUGAUCGAGCUGGGCCUUGUUGACGGCAGCCUGAUCGAUGAGCUGAUGGAGCUGACGGCUCAGAGCCUCAAUCACCUGGAGAUCCAGGAACACUUCAAUGUGGUGAAGGAGAUCGGCAGGGGGAAGUACGGCAAGGUGCUCCUGGUGACACACCGUUUUAGGGGGACUCCCAUGGCCUUGAAAGUGAUGCCCAAGGCCUCGACUAAGCUGCAGGGCUUUCUGCGAGAAUACUGCAUCUCCUUACAUCUGUCCCACCAUCCCUGCAUCGUGGGCCUCUUUGGCAUUGCCUUUCAGUCGGAUGAGCACUACUGCUUUGCCCAAGAGCUGGUCAUCGGCAGGGACCUGUUUGCUGUCAUACGACCCAAGGUUGGUAUUCCAGAAUCUUCCGUCAAACGCUGUGUCCUACAGAUCGCCAGUGCCCUGGAGUUUAUCCACAGCCAUGACUUGGUUCACCGCGACGUCAAACCAGAAAACAUUCUGCUCCUAGACAGUCACUGCUGCCAGGUCAAACUGGCCGACUUCGGCCUGGCCCAGAAAAGAGGCACCCUGAUCCGAUUCAUCACAGGCACCCUUCCCUACAUGGCCCCGGAACUGUGUUCCAUGGUGCUGCCGGAGGGCCAGAAAGAGCUGGAUGCACCCCCACUUAGUGUGGAGCCCAGUCUGGAUACCUGGGCCUUCGGAGUGGUCAUCUUCUGCAUCCUGACGGGUUACUUUCCCUGGGAGUGCUGCAUGCACACCGACGACUUCUACCUGGAAUUUGCCGAAUGGUGCGCGACUGAACAAAAACCCCAGGUGGAGGAAGACCUUCCACCUCUGUGGAGACGAUUCACUCCAGAGGCUAUGGAGAUGUUCGCUAAGCUCCUGGAUUUGGAUGCAGGGAGAAGGUGUACAGUAGGAGAAGUAAAAACAUAUAUGGACAAGGACUGGCUCAAGAAGGUGGACAGCGAUAGUCAGCAAGAGGCUAAAGACGACGAGGAUGUCUCCUGUGAUAACCCUGGGAGUGGUGAGGUGGGGGAGCAGUGAAGUCCUCAGUGACCGACUGACUGAUGGUUUGUUUUGUUUAGCAAAUGUCGGUGAUGACGUUGCAUUGUUAGAAUAUCCUUCUUCUUCUUCUUUGCCUCCUUCUUGCUACCUUCUAUGUAUUCUAUAUGUAGGGUCAUGUAACUAGCAUUGGUGAAGUUACCCCGCUAGGAAUGUGCUUAUUUUUUUAAUUUGAAAAAAAAAAAGAUGUGACGGUUUGUGUCUGGUUUGAGGGUUAAUAAAUUGACACCCAGUUUAUCUUUCCGUGCUUUUCGUGUUUCAAAUUAAUAAAAUAAAAAUUAUAAAAACAAUUAUAACCAUUGAAAAAGGGGUGUGGCCCAGCCAUGUAAGACCUGCAAUCCUCAGGAUCACAUGUAGGAAUAAUUUAAUAAUUCAUUUGGUAUCCAGCCAGCCUUAGGUCGUAGGUCGUUUGGUACUGGGCUGCAGUGGGACACAGUGAAAAAUGUAUUUCAGUUUUACUAAUUUACCUCAUCAUAAUCAUAUCCCUUUACUUUUUUUAUUCAAAGAUAAUCUGUCAAUGUUUCAAAAU